AUGGAGCCUCACAAUAUACCUGCGGAUACGUCACCACCAUCAACAACCCCCUUUAGAGAAAGCGAUUCGGUGCAUCAUGAGGCGGGAACACCACGAACUUCCCAAUCCGUGUGGUCUCAGGCUAAUGAUGCGUCUGCUCAUUUGAAAAUGCAAAAUGAGUACCGCAUCAAGGUCAAACAGCGUCAACAAAUUCUGGAUAGAAUCAACAUCGAACGCAUACUUCCGCAUCUUAGCAGUAUUUCCGUGCACGAGCUCGAGGCAAAAUUAUCGGUACUGGAACGUCAGUACGAAUCAUUUCACCAUCUACAAUCAGAAUUGGAGCUAAUGAACGAUGAAGAACUCAAUCAACCACAUCGGGAUACAUUCGAUGAAUCCUUUUGUGCAGCGAAGGCAAUAAUAGUGCAGCGCUUAAAUGUGCUUAACCCCGCACGCCGAGAAACUAUAUUCAACAGCACAGCGAUUGCAUCUCCGUCACAUCGAGUCAACCUUCCGAAACUUCAACUCACGAAAUUCAAUGGUCAUCAUCGAAAUUGGAUGGAUUUUUACAACAUGUUUUUAGCGCUCGUUCACAACAACAACCAAUUAGCAAACAUCGAGAAGUUUCAGUACCUCCGAUCAUGUCUCGUCGACUCAGCAGCUAGCCUCAUACAAUCGUUUGAGGUGACCGAUGAAAAUUAUAUCAAGGCGUUGGAUCUGUUACGGUCUAGAUAUGGAAACAAGCGGCUAAUUUUCCAAGCUCAUAUUCAACAUAUUUUCGAAGUACAGGGAGAAACAAGGCCGAAUGCAUCAUCGAUGAGGGCGUUCAUAGACGUCGUCAAUACCAACUUACGAGCUGUACAAUCACUAGCUUCAAAUCAGCAAGUAUCAGAUGGCAUACUCUUGCAUCUGGUAUCCUCAAAGCUCAAUACAGACACGAAAGCCAAGUGGGAGGAAGAGGUUACCCACUUGUUUGAUCAGCGAUCAACUGCCAUGAGUUUUCAUCUGCCCACUUGGGAGGACUUAGCAAAAUUCUUAGAACGUCGUUGUCAAAUUGCAGAUAUUUUGGAAGCCGGGCAGCCUAAAACACUCAUACCAAGAACUCAGCUAACAACUCAUAGGCACAACAAACGUGACGAAAAAUGGGCUAUGGUGACUACCAAACAAACAAAGUGUGAACUUUGCAAUGCGGUUCCCCAUCAUAAUGCCUUCAAAUGCGACACGUUCCGUGCAAUGGAUCCACUUGCAAGAUAUAACUGUGUGAAAAGACUGAACUUGUGCUUGAAUUGCCUUGGAUCAGGUCAUAAAUCGAAUGAUUGUCCUUCAGUCCAUCGCUGUAAACACUGCAAUGUAAAACAUCAUACACUAUUACAUCGAAAUGAUUCAGCCAGUACCAACAUAUCACCAAGAGCAGGUUUGCUCUCAUCAUCUGCUCUUAAGGUGAGUCUCGAUCAAUCAGAAGUUAUUCUUGGAACAGCAAUUAUUCAUGUUUUUAAUUCUCGGGGAGUGAGCAUCCGAGCUCGCGCUCUGCUAGAUUCCGGAUCUCAACUGCAUUUCAUCACGGAGAAAUUGGCACAACAUUUAAGAGUAACUCGAAAGGGCGUAGAUAUCGACGUCAGUGGAAUAGGUCAAAGGAGAGCAAAGGCGCAACAUUUAUGUUGCAUAGCGAUUAAAUCUCUAACCGAAGAGUAUAGUGCUACCAUUGAUGCACUAAUCAUACCAUCCAUUACGUCAUGUCAACCUAGUCGUCGCAUCGAUCAGUCAACCAUUUCGAUUCCAGAUACCAUUUCCAUCGCUGAUCCGACAUUCAACAUACCAGGACAGAUUGACAUACUCAUUGGAGCAGGAUUAUUUUUUGAGAUACUUAGUAAGGGCCAAAUACGUCUCAACGGUCCAGUAAUACAAAAUACCAAAUUUGGUUGGGUGGUUGCAGGUGCCAUUCCUGCGCACGUAACAUCAGCAGCUGAUCCAUCACCUCCAUACAAAGCAUUCACAUCAGUCACAUCAGAGUCCAUUUUAGAUAAGCUCCUGGAAAGGUUUUGGGCAAUCGAAGACAUUCCAGCAUCGUCAUCGUCGACUCUAUCAUCGGAUGAGCUCGAAUGUGAAUCCUAUUUCAGCUCUACUACUCACAGGUGUCCCGUUACCAAUAAGUUCAUUGUUCGCCUUCCAUUUCGUGAAGAACCUCAUCACCUGGGUGCUUCAGAAGAAACCGCAGGCAAAAGAAUGUUUUCGUUAGAAUCCAAACUGAAUCAAAACUCAAAUCUUCGCAGAGAUUACAAUGAAUUCAUGGAAGAAUAUAUCAAUAUGAAGCAUAUGAUUCCAGUUAAUUUAGAAUAUUCACCAAGAAAUCGCCUAAACUAUAUUCCCCACCACGGGGUCACAAAACUUGAUAGCUCGACUACUAAGCUGCGGGUAGUCUUUGACGCCUCCUGCAAAACCUCAAAUGGAUAUUGCCUAAACGAUAUGUUGAGAGUUGGUCCCCAGCUACAAGAUACGAUAUUCACAAUUUUGACCCGAUUCAGAAGACACAAAUAUGUCAUUAUGGCUGACAUUGCCAAAAUGUAUAGGCAAAUCUGGGUCGACGAACGAGAUACCCAAUGGCAAUGCAUUUUCUGGCGCCCUAACUCUCAACAACCACUUACCACAUAUCAGCUACAAACAGUUACUUAUGGUACUAGUUGCGCACCGUACCUUGCUGUAAAAUGUCUACAACAGCUGGCAAUUGAUGAAGCGAAAACUUACCCAAUCGGAUCAAAGGUAACACUAAGCGACUUCUAUGUAGACAAUUUAAUAAGUGGCGCAGCUAGUAUCGGCGAGGUCAUCGAAAUCAAGAAUCAAACCAUAAACUUACUGAAUUGCGCGGGAUUUCCUUUACGAAAAUUUGCUUCGAACGCAUCCGAAAUUGUUGCCGAUAUUUUACCAGAAGACAAAGAAGAGACAAUUCGUUUCCAUGACACUGAGUUUGUAAAAACGCUAGGGUUAAAAUGGUCACCAGUUGAGGAUUGCUUUCUAUUUCAUUUGGUAGCGGAUAAUAGCGUUAAAACUACAAAGCGUUCAAUUCUAUCAAAAUUGGCAAGUUUUUUUGAUCCGAUAGGUCUCCUCAAUCCUUUGAUUGUAACAUGCAAAAUUUUGAUGCAACAACUGUGGAAGCUGAAGUCGCCAUGGGAUGAUGAGGUCCCACCCGGGAUCAAGGUUCAUUGGGAGCUAUUCAAUAAACAAUUACCGCUUUUACAAACAUUAAAAAUACCCAGGUAUGCUAAUAUUGAUAUCGAUACUAAACUUCACGCAUUUGCAGAUGCAAGCACUAAGGCAUAUGGAGCAUGUGUGUAUGCAGCAUGGAGUGAUGCAUAUGGUGAGCAUUCGUCACUACUCUGUGCUAAAUCUCGAGUGGCACCAACGAAAGAGAUUACAUUACCUAGGCUAGAACUUUGUGCAGCCCUAAUGGCCGCAGAACUGAUGUCAGCAGUUAACAACAUACUCAAUCUUCCUAGCGCAAAUGUAUACUGCUGGUCAGAUAGCACAAUUGCGCUUGCUUGGAUAGCAGGUGAACAGUCGAGAUGGAACGUUUUCGUGGCCAACAGGGUAGCAAAAAUACAGCAAUUAACGAAAACCUUCUCCUGGAAUCACGUACCAACAGACCAGAAUCCCGCUGAUAUUGUAUCACGUGGAGCAUGGGCCAGCGAACUUUUACGAAAUACACUUUGGUGGCACGGACCAGAAUUUAUCCAACAGAGCUGUGAUUAUUGGCCUUCAGCAGUGCAUGUAUCACAAAACGAAUUACCAGAACAGCGGCUUCAAAGAACUGCAUUAAUUGCUAUUCCAACUUCUGACUUCAUUAGUAAACAUAAGUAUGUUAAUAGCUACAUGAAAUUGCUGAGAAUUUUUGCUUAUGUAAGUCGAUUUAUUCGUGGAUGUCGAAAGCAGUCAUCAGUUAAUGAUUGCAUCAACAUAUCGGCACCUGAAAUGGAUGAAGCAUUAGAAUUGAUAUGCAGACAUAUUCAAUAUAUUUCAUUUUCAGAAGACAUCCACGCCAUUGAGAUUGGAGAACAACAUCGCAACUCAAAGCUAAUUUCAUUGUCGCCAUUCUUGCAUAAGAACCUACUCAGAGUUGGAGGGCGACUUAAAAAUUCAUUAUUGCCUUUUAACAGUAAACAUCCAAUUCUACUUCCAUCAUCACACGCAUUUGUAAAUACAUUAAUUCGACAUUUUCAUCAUCAUCACUUGCACGCCGGAGUCCAAACGCUUCAAAACAUUUUAAGAGACAAGUUCUGGAUAACAAACGCACGCCAUGUUAUAAGAAGGGUAAUUCACGAUUGCGUAUUAUGCUACCGCAGUAACCCAAUUAUUGCUGAGCAGAUUAUGGGGCAUCUUCCAGCCGAUCGAGUCCAACAAACUUACCCGUUCGAAGUGACAGGAGUGGAUUAUUGUGGACCUGUCCUUAUAACUCAACGAAUUCGCGGCCGUUCACCAAUUAAGUCUUAUAUUGCAGUAUUUAUUUGUUUUGUAACUAAGGCAGUACAUUUAGAAGUUGUACCCAAUUUGUCCACACAAGCAUUUAUAGGUACCUUAAAGAGAUUUAUCGCUCGACGGGGGAAAAGUCGCAAAAUAGUGUCCGACAAUGCUACCAAUUUUGUGGGUGCCAAUCGAGAACUACGCCAGCUUUUGUCCGCUUUCGUUACCAAGGAACAUAUAGAAGAGGUUCAACGUACAUGCCUGGAGAAUGGAAUCGAGUGGCAGUUCAUACCUCCCAGGUCUCCACACUUUGGUGGACUCUGGGAGAGUGCAGUUAAAUUAGCAAAGUACUUUCUUCGUCGUGCUAUCGGAACCACCACCCUAACGUUGGAUGAGCUUCAAACUGUUUGUUGUCAAUCCGAGGCAAUAAUCAACAGCCGUCCACUUACGCCGAUGUCGACAGAUGCUAAUGACAUGCGCCCAUUAACACCGGCUCAUUUUUUAAUAGGACGGCCUCUGACAACAAUUCCAGACUCGAACUUUUUGGGCCGUAAUGAUAACUUACUGAAGCGCUACCAAAUAGUCCAGCAAAUACACCAAAAUUUUUGGGAAAGAUGGCACUGCGAGUAUCUUAAAAAUUUACAACAGCGAACAAAAUGGAAAAGGGAAUCUCAAAAUUUACAAACGAAUGACAUGGUCUUAAUAAAGGAGGAAAAUACACCUCCACUUAAGUGGACAACAGGUCGCAUCACUGAAGUCAAGCCUGGCGACGAUGGUCGUGUUCGUGUAGUGGUAGUAAAAACCAGAAAUGGUCUACAAACACGAGCAAUAUCAAAGAUUUGCAAAUUACCAGUAUAA